GGGAAGUUGGCUGGCUCUCAAGGCAGAGUCUCUUCUCAAAGGCUGUUUCACAGUGAAAAUAUGCUCAGUGCAGCCGAGUGCAUGAAUGAAAAAGCCUCUGGUACCUUCUAGUCUGGCAAAAUGCAGCACAAAACUCAACUUACUCUGUCUUUUCUGCUGUCCCAGGUUCUGCUGCUUGCAUGUGCAGAAGAUUUAGAAUGUGUCCCUGGAUUCCAGCAGAAGGUUUUUUAUAUAGAAAAGCCAUUUGAAUUCAUAGAGGACCAGCUGGUUCUGAACUUGAAAUUUGAUGACUGCAAGGGAAACAACAAAUUGAACUUUGAAGUUUCUAACCCAGACUUUACAGUGGAACUUGAUGGGAAUUUGGUUGCACUCAAGAAUGUAUCAGAAGUUGGCAGAGCCUUGUUCGUCCACGCACAGUCGGAGCACGCCGAGGAUAUGGCAGAAAUCUUUAUUCUUGAAGCAAAUGAAAAACGUGGUGCAUUAAAGGAAAUCUUAAAACUAGAAGGCAACCUUGGAAUUCCAAGACAAAAAAGGGCUAUUUUGGCAACUCCAAUAUUAAUUCCUGAAAAUCAAAGACCUCCAUUCCCCAGAUUAGUUGGCAAGGUCAUCAGAAGUGAAGGGACAGAGGGAGUAAAGUUUCGGCUCUCUGGAAAGGGAGUAGAUCAAGACCCAAAAGGAAUUUUUAGAAUCAAUGAGAUGAAUGGGGACGUCUCCGUGACCCGAGCCCUUGAUCGAGAAGCGAUUGCCAAUUAUGAGCUGGAAGUCGAGGUCGUGGAUAUGAACGGGAAAACCAUUGACGGUCCAGUCCGCCUGGAUAUCUCGGUCAUUGAUCAAAACGACAACAGGCCGAUGUUCAAAGAGGGCCCCUACGUUGGUCAUGUCAUGGAGGGAUCUGCCACAGGAACCACUGUGAUGCGCAUGGCAGCGUUUGAUGCCGACGACGCCAGCACGGACAACGCCCUCCUGCGCUACAACAUCCUCAAACAGACCCCCACCAAACCUUCCCCAAACAUGUUCUACAUCGACCCAGAGAAGGGAGAUAUUGUCACAGUGGUGUCCCCUGCGCUGCUGGACCGGGAGACCAUGGAAAGCCCAAAGUAUGAGCUGGUUAUAGAAGCCAAGGAUAUGGGUGGGAUGGAUGUGGGACUAACAGGCACAGCCACUGCCACUAUUCUGAUCGAUGACAAAAAUGACCAUGCACCAGAAUUCACCAAGAAGGAGUUCCAGGCCACAGUGAAGGAGGGGGUCACGGGUGUAAUAGUGAACUUGACUGUGGGUGACCGGGACGACCCCGCCACUGGGGCAUGGAGAGCUGUCUACUCCAUCAUUAAUGGGAACCCAGGGCAGAGCUUUGAGAUCCACACCAACCCCCAGACUAAUGAGGGAAUGCUCUCUGUUGUCAAGCCUUUAGACUACGAGAUUUCGGCCUUCCACACGCUGCUGAUCAAAGUGGAAAACGAAGACCCGCUGAUCCCAGACAUAGCCUAUGGCCCCAGCUCCACAGCCACCGUCCAGAUCACCGUGGAGGAUGUCAAUGAAGGCCCAGUUUUCCACCCAAACCCAAUGACAGUGUCCAAGCAAGAGAACAUCCCCAUUGGCAGCGUGGUGCUAACGGUGAAUGCCACUGACCCGGACACUUUGCAGCACCAGACCAUCAGGUAUUCAGUGUACAAGGACCCAGCAGGGUGGCUGGAAAUCAACCCUACCAACGGCACCGUUGGCACCACAGCAGUCCUGGACCGGGAAUCUCCCUUCGUGCAGAACAACGUCUACACUGCUCUCUUCCUGGCCAUAGACAGUGGUAACCCUCCUGCUACGGGUACAGGAACUUUACACAUCACCUUGGAGGAUGUCAAUGACAAUGUCCCAUCCCUUUAUCCAACACUGGCAAAAGUUUGUGAUGAUGCAAAAGAUCUCAGGGUAGUGGUUCUAGGAGCAUCAGACAAAGACCUUCAUCCCAACACAGAUCCAUUCAAAUUUGAACUCAGCAAGCAAUCCGGCCCAGAAAAGUUGUGGAGAAUCAACAGGCUUAACAAUACUCAUGCCCAGGUCAUCCUGCUUCAAAACCUGAAAAAGGCCAAUUACAACAUCCCCAUCUCAGUGACAGAUUCUGGAAAACCUCCUCUGACCAACACCACAGAACUGAGAUUACAAGUGUGUACCUGCAAGAAAUCCAAAAUGGACUGCAGUGCAACUGAUGCUCUCCAUAUCAGCCUGACCCUAAUCCUCCUUUCACUCCUCAGUUUAUUUUGUAAGUCUUUUGCUGAGCUGUAAGUAAUGAAGUGUUGUUUAUCUGCUCAUUUGUACUCUGCACAAGAAAACCCUCCAAGGGAGAAGUUAAAUUCAUACAUUGAUACCACAAUGCAUAAGUUUGGGCUCUUUUUCCAUGAGGGAGUAGCUGUGAGAAAGAUGGGGGGAGGGUUUUUUUAAAUAGUCAAAAAAAAUAGUAAUGAAUGCCUGAUUGUCAAAUUAAGAAAUAGAAGCAAUAAUUUUCAAAAGAAUCAAAGAGAAUCAGAGCUAACAUAUGAUAAACUAAGAAGUACCAGCUGUAGUAGCAGAUUUGUGCAGUGCUUUCUUUCAUCUCUCCCCACUUGAAUUCAAUUCAAACCCAGAAAGAGGAGAUUAAAGGUGUUCGUGUAACAAUGGCUGUUCUGGGUCACCAGGAAAAUGAGGACUGUCUGCUUCAAUCUAUUCCUCCACAUAAAAUGUGCAAGUGACUGGAACAUGAGGAACUUAUUUAAGGUUCUGGGCUUAGAACCACCCAGAGCUGAUAAUCAAGUGGCCAGUCUGGGUUGGAGGGCAGAGAGAACUGACAGGUAAAUGAAAUUUCUGCUGCUUCUGAGAAAGCUUUCCAAACAAGAUUUACAAAAUUCUUAACUUGAAUUGGAAGAAGUGGAAAAAAAAUUAAAAUUAAAAAUCCCAGAAUGACUCAGAAGUAGGAAUUCAAAGCUGUGGAGUCCACAAUCUAACGUGGGUGUGUCCCUGGCUGGUCCUGUGACAGCUGCCAGCAAAAUUUUUGAUGCAGUGUUAGUUUUGAAUUCCUAAUCUCUUUCAAAGGCAUGAUAGUAAAUUAACAAUACAACUCUGAUAGUAAAUCUGUUAUUCAAGGACUGCUACCAUCAUCUUAUGUUAACAGAAUACAUUAUGUGAGGACUUAAAACCUGAGCCAUGGUGAAAGGCCUUUUAUUCUCCACGAGAGAAAACCUGCCACGAGGCAGGGACAGAGGUCAAGGGAGAGAUCCUUUACACAUCUGAGGCUUAGUGUGUGCUUGAUUACACAUCCUGCCCGUUUUUUUUCCUUCUCGUAGACUCCUUUUAUCCCAAAAGGUUGGCAUGAAGGUCAUUGUGAGUGAGCUGGUACUAGCUAAGGUUUGUGAUGCUCUUUGAAGAUGAAAAGGACUAUAUAAAUGCUAAGUGCAAAUUCAUGUUCUUAGUCUCAAUCAGUGACAUCUAAAGUAUCUGCUUUGGCUUUGGUUCAGCUGUUCUGGGUUUAGUCUCCUGGAACCAAAUGCAAACUUCAGCUGUUAGGAGUAAUAUGUUAAAAAUAUUUGACAGGGUGUGACACUAUUGCAGCAGUGAUAUAAAUAUGCAGCCCAUUGAUUCAAAUAUAUUCUUGUUGCCACUUCAUAAAUGUUGCUGCUGCUACACUAGGCGUGACUUUCACUGCUGGAAUUACUUUCUUAUCUGACAUGAUUUGCACUUGGACUUUAUUUACAUUAAUGCAUCUGCUCAGAAUACAAUGAGGUAGCGAAAAGCUUUUUGCUUUGGAAAGUUGUUCUUUUCAUGUUGGUUUUUUGCAGCCCUCACCAAGAAGUCUGAUCAUUUUCCUUAGGCUGAACUAUAAAGCCAGUUCUAAGUAUUGGAAAGUGCUUUUUGAGUUGCUCUUCUUGGCUACAGGUCUUGUCCAGCUCAGCUGUGGGUGGAAUGCAGCCCCUGGCAUCCCAAGCGUAUCCCAUAGCUGCCAUUCCAUCUCUGGAACUGUUACCUAACCAUGCCUAUGCAAAGCCAGCAAGCACCACAGCUCUCACGAGCACUUUCCUCAGGUGUGGAUGACUGCAUGGAGACAGGAAAGAAUGAGGCUGGGAGCCAGUGAGAAGAAUGUGGUUCUGUGUUUGAACUUCCCUGAAAUGAGCUGGUAUCACCCCAUUCCCAAUUCAUUUCCACACACAGAUUUUUUUAUAACCGUGAUUAGCGCCAUUGCAAUGUUUUGUAUAGUCCAAAUAUUUAUCAGAAUAAUCAAAGAUUACGAUGCCAUAAAAACAAAGAGAACUUUAGUGCUUAUUGAACAGAUGAAACGUCCCAUUUCUAGUGGCAAGUUAUGGGUUUAAUUUUAGCAAAAGCCCUUACGUGGCUCACUUUGCUCCCAGUGUUUGUGUUUUAUGAGGCUCUUGUUCCUGGGAGGUAAAUCCUUCAGUCAAAUGAACUUUGUUAUUCAUGCCAAAGUAUUUCUUUUUGUAUUUGACAUCUGGUGUGAGGAUAGAUAGCCCUCGGAAAGAGCCGUUCGUGGGAAAAGAGCUCUGCAUGAUUAUCUUUCCUAUAGAAAACAUCUUGGUAUUAUCAUUUAAAUGGUGCAAUUAUUAUCUAUACUUAGAACAUGUACCUCCUUCGUAAAUCAUGAAAGAAGUCAGAUGUGGCAGAUUUCUGAAGUGUCUGAGCACACAAGUGAAGAGCCUGAUUAAAACUGAAAUGGAUGCAAAACCCAGCAGUUUCUCCCAUUCUGGAGAUGCCCUACUGUGCUCACUAUACUGAGGGAUAAUGUGAUACAGACUGCAGAGUUGCCCAGAAGCCCUUGGAAAGGUAGAUAUAGUUGGAAGAAAAAUUGAGGAGUUCACGACAGCCAGAAAUAGAAAUGAUAAAAGGCCAAACUAUAGGGGCAGAUUUGUGUGACACAACAACGAGGUGCCUGGUGGAAUUAAAAGAUGAUGAACACAAAGUUGAUUGGGAAAAGGAGCAUCUUUGCGUAUUUGUACUUAACCUAAUUACCACUGGGAGUCAAGCUGGAACAGCAGAGAGUGGAGAGGCAGAGGAGUUUCCAAAGUUACAAUAGGUAACGGUGACAAAUAUUGGAAAGAAUCCUGUCACUUGUCAUUAAUGCAGACCCCAUGUUUAAGAUGAGACUUCAUGUGGUGGCUUUUUGUCCUCUGCCAGCUUUUCCUUGCCAUUACUGGAGAUGAGGCAAGGAAAAGUUCAGAUAUAAUUCAGAAUUUAGUAGUUCAGAUUGAGGAAAAAAAAUGGAAAAAACAAGCUGGGAUACUUGUCAGGGAGGGGGACUACAGCAAUCAGUUACUUGAGGAAGGGAGUGAGCAGGGGAAAGUGAAAAUCUGUCAGGAGCGUGUCUGGUGCUGGCUCUGAGGUUGUCCAUGGUGUCCCUGAGUGCUGCAUUGUCUCAGUCAUCUUGUGUUUCCAAGCUAAAACAGCUCUGUUCAGAAUUAAUGGAACCAAAGGGACGUGCUCAACACCACCAGAAUUAUAAACAGGCUCCCUCUGGAAGGCUCCUGAAUGUUUUAAGUGAGAGAGAAGCUCCAACAUUCCAUAAGGAUGAGGGAUGGAAAUGGAGGCAAAGUGAAACAAGCCAAAACCAAAUUUGUUCAUAUUGCCAUAACAAAGUCAGCAACAAAAUCUCCCCCAGGCCCUGCAGGAGACUGAGAAAGAGCCACUCUGGCUAGCAGAAUGAGGCUUUAGAUCUAUUACAAAUUAUUUAUAUUAUUAUUGGUAUUUAAAGGAGUAUUUGAAUUCUGGGCUUUUGAUUUUAUAAUAACUAUUUCACUUAAUUGCAUAAUCAUAGAAUGGUAAUUGCAUUUCAUAUUUUCUUUUAUAUUCUACUGACAUUAAAGGCCAUGUUAGAUUCAAAAGCGUGGAAUGAAGGGAAUAAAAGAACAACCAAAGGCACAAUAGUCAUGUCAGGAAUAUUUUACUUAAAUUUCCUUGCUAUAAAGAGACUGGGAUUCGAAUACUCACACUGAAAAAAACCCCAAUUUUUUAUCUUUUUUGACGAUCAACCAUGGAUAAGAAGCUUUCUUUGUUCACCUGGCCAGUGGACUACAAAGCUGUAAGUUGACUUGAACUGAAAUAAAUAAAAUGUUCCAUUAUUUUGAACAGAAAAUGAGGUGCCAGACUACAGGGGAAAUGCUGCCAUAAAGAAAUUAAAUAAGCUGGAGGUCUCUACAUUGCAAUUAAUUUGUGAAAGUCAGGGUGAAAGGCCUCAGGUGUGUUUGAAAAACAGAGACUUGCACAGAUGUCUGUGCUGCGAUUGCAAAGAAGCCUUAGAGAUACCCCUGAAUUUAAUUUCCUAUUAACUUCCACAAACUUUUCCUAUUUAGAGCUGGCUGUCCCUCACUAUAUUGUUUUUUUCUGAUUUGAGGAAUGCAGCUACAGGGCCAAUAGAGAAAACACAGGUUGGGGGUUUUUUUCCCCCUUGAAAAUGAUGUAUUUGUUACUAAACCACUACCACAAAACAAAUCGAAUUAUAUUAAACUGGUGGGUUUGAAUUUCCAUGAACCUGGACAGGCAGAGUUAAUCCUGCAGCGUUAUCUCUCACCCAGCUCAUUUUUCAAAGCAACAGCAGCCCCUGAAUCUCUUGUUUACCCCGUGUUAUUUGUGCAGGAACAUCAAAUGGCUGAAAAGUGAAACAAUGCAUUCCUGAAUGGCGCCAGAACAAGACAAAUCAGAGCAGGUUUCAAAUGGAACAGACCUUUAAGGUCACUGCUCUUUUCAUUACCAGCACAGAUUUGUUACCUGCACAUUCCCACUUUUCAGCCUUUAUUUUGAGUUACUUGGCUUAGUUUGAAACAGUCAAGUUGCUUUUUUUUUACUUCAGGACUCAAAAAUUCAGUUUUUACAGUAAAAUUUUUGGGUUUUCCCAAGAAAAAAAGAAAAAGUUCAUCCCUGUUCCAUACAGUUUUGAAGAGGAACCAUCAGAGGAAGGGUUCCCAGUAGGUGAAUUUGCUAAACCAAAUACUUCUUGUUUGUUUCUUUGUUUUGUUUGUUGGGUUUGGGUUUGGUUUUUUUAGCAUUUUAGGUUGUCUUAGCGCUUUUUAAUCUUCUACAACAAUUUUCUACUUUUCAGAGUAGUGUUAUUUAAAAAUAAGUUUAAAAAAAAAGAUCAGUUUAAUUAACAAGAGUAAGGAAAUUUGCCAGAUCCAUUUUCCCAUUUCUGAGAAAUGAAACGUCCCUACUUUGGCUAGCAUUACAAAAACCAUCAAAAUGGGGAGUGUUUUGCUAUGAAAGGUGCUUUAUUGGGGUGGCUGGGGGUUUUUCUGCACUGCUCUAAUUUGAGUUAGAUUGGUGCAUUAGAGAAUUACCAUGUAGGUACCUAAAGUAUCACCUAAAUUAUGCUCUCCAAGUAAUUUGAAAUUGCUGAUAUUUAGUGAGUUCCAGUGGUGUAAAUCUCACCUCCCAAACCCAAUAAUAACAGCAGCAAUAUCCACUAUCACUCCUUGCCUUUGUUACAGAUCCUUUGGCCCACAUUAACAUUAUUAUUAUUUUUGCUGCUAAUUAUCACUAAAAUAGAUGCUUUCUUCCAUGCCUGUAUGAGAAAUACACCAUUUUUAUUUGUGUCCUUAACGAUUUUGUUUGAUUAUUAAAGAAAGGAUGGCUUGGGGGUUAAUGGAUUUCUUCAAUUCAAGCCAGCCUUGAUUUGAAUUUCCUUGUUAACACAGAGCUGUGUCCAUUCUUCUGAUUCCUCUGCAGGUUUAUUCAGUCCUGCAAUGUAUUGUACAGUUGGCUUUGGGAGCCCACCUAAAGUUAAUGGGGCUUGAAAUGGCCCAGAAAUCCAUAUGGAUGUCCAUAAUUGGAGACAGGAUGUUUGUACACCCGGUCGGAGAGACAAGACAAAUAGAAAUGCCCCCAAAUUGCACAUCAGCAUAUUUAAAAUGUGUUUAAUAACAUUACAUUUUAUUGAGUCAAUUAUGUGGGAAAUGGCAUUUUACACACAUUUGAAACCGUCCAAACAUGCUCCAGAAGUGCAGAGGUGAACAAAUAGGACAGUUCAGAAGCUGUGUGUUUGGAAUGCAAAAGGGAGCCACGUUAGCAGCAAAUGCAGCUCCUUCCCUAAGAGCUGCAAUAUUAUUCCUGGUGGUCAUUCUGGAGGCACGAAAUGGACAUUUAAAGAGAUUGGUUUGAUAGGCCACUUAGUGUUGUGAAUUCAAGUGAACACUUUUAUGUUUUCAUUUUCUCAACAGUACUUCACAGUAAUUGUUGAUAUAUAAUAUUUUGUGUUUCUUUUCUGAACAACUUCUUAAAGCCACAUAAAUAUCGAAUUUCAGAUAGUUAUCAUCAGAACUGCUGUGGAGUGGCCUAUGAUUAAAAACUAGCACUGACUAUAUGACCAGUUGAAGUAUUUUUUUCUGCCAUUAAUGGUCGCUAUACACCACAGGACAUUUGUUUCUUUUCACUGUGUCUGUCCUUGGAUAUUUCCUCACUCUAUAACAUCCAAAUAGCUCAAUGUAAACAGCUUUCUAUUCAGAUUUGGGUGGGAUAUUAAAGAUCAGGAGGAGAUUUGUUGUGCCUAAAGGUUUGAUGGUGUUGCCUUUGCUUUUGUAAUACCCGGUGGAAACUUAGAGAGCCAUUUAAAGGGCCACUGAUGUUUGGAGCAUUUCAGACUACAUCUUAAAGCCUUACUUUAUCCAUAUAACUGGAUAUGGGAUAUGGCAUUGGUUGGUAUUUAGGUAAGUGCCAUGCUUAGGAGUAGUUCUUCAAAGAAUUUGAAAUGAGCAGGUUGAUACCAACACAGCCAACCCUGGCAAUUUUCUAGUUUGGUUUUUCCUUUUCUGUGGCUUCUAAGCAUAAUACAUUCCUCUAGUUUUUAUUCUUUCUCAAUAAGAAUUUCUUCAGAUGAUUAAUUUAGGAUUUCAAGAGGGGUUUAGCCUAUACCUACAGAUCAGAAUGUGUCUGGACUGUUCAUGUCCUACUUAUUUAAAACUGAUGGUAACCCGUGCUGUGCUGCUGUGGGAGAGGAGAUUUGACUGCCUGAGCAGUUUCCACUCCUUUAAAAGGUGGGCUCCCUGCUACAGCUGAUGCAUUUCAUUCUCAGCAUCCAUAUGAAGAAAUCAGCAGACUUGUUCAAGGCUGCUAUUGCAAAACUGUACUUAUUCAUUUCACUUGUUGAAUAUUUUCAACCAUUCAGGUCAAUUUAUCAGAUUAGAGCAUGGGAAAAUAUCCACAAAGGCUGCAGGCAGCCACCUCUGCAAUUGUUUCAUUUCAACAGAACUGAAAAAUGAAGGAAGCAUUUAUUCCCUAUUCCCAACAUUGCUUUGGGAAAGUAUCCAACUGAAAUUCACAUCAAUUUAAAAAAAUAAUAACGGAAUACAUCUUGGCCAUUCUACCCUAAAACUACCCUGUCUCCCACUAAGAUUCUUCAUAUCCCUGGAGAACAGGAAUUACAUUAGAAGAUGUUUUAUUUGAUAAACCUAGGGGAGCACUGGGCUGGGUAGCACAUGGCCUUGUAUUUCUAAGCAAGGAGAGUCAGAAUUUUACUUCACCUGAGCAAUUUUUCUUUCAGAGAGUGUUUCUUUUAUGCACUUCUUAAGAACAGCUCAUUACAUGGGGACAUGACAGGGAAGAGGAGAGGCCCAAACGAGGAUUCAACAGUGCCCUUGCCAGGGUCAGAAGAGCACUUUGGGUUCCACCAGCCCUGCUUUGGAUCUGUCACUGCAGCCUUAUAAUAAAAUACAGAAAUAAAUAUUAUAGUAAAUAUAAUUAUGAUAAAUUAGCAGUGUGAGACACAUCUUCUGCUGGUGUCACACAGGUGAAAUGAUUUCAGCAGCAGGAAUGUGUCCCCCAUGAGCACUGGUGAGUUGGGAUUGGCACAUUUCCCCUCUGCCCUGCCAAUUUGGGCUGAUUGCAGAGCACAUGGCAGCAUUUCAGUUUCUGAAGUUAAACACUGACACUGAUUUACGAGAGCCCACUGAAGCUCUGAGGAGAAUUAUGAGACACUCAUUUCACACACAGCCCUAAUGCACACGGUGCUUUUCCUAUCAUUAACAACUUUGAAAUAAUUUCUCACAUAAAUGGGAAACAAACUGUGUGUGAUGUCAUAAGCUGCAAAUUUUCAGGAUAAACUCAUUUACUUUUGUAGUCCUUAUAAACUUUUGCCCAGGGUGUUAUGUCCAGUGCGAUCAUCAGUUUGCUCUGGCUGAUAUUAACCCCAAAUUUCUUAAUAGCAGGAUUGAAAACACAGGGGACCUGUCUGGAAACAGUCCUUCAGUGAGAUUUGGGGUGAAAUUUAUAAUAAUUUAUAGGCACAGGGUGAAUUUAUAGGCACAGUGUUUCACACUGUGAAACUUCUGGUGUUGAAAGUUACCCAUGGCAAAUCACCCAGUGACGCACGUGAAAAUCAUUUCUAUUUUCCUAAGUUCAAGGCUAAACUAAUAACUAUGCAUCUAAUUAAUGACCUUUCCUAGAUGGUAAAUCCAGGAAAGAAGGACCUGGAUGUUGAUUAGCUGCCUAAUCAGAAACACGGUGCUGAUCUCUUCUAUCAUUUUUGUUACCUCUUUAGCAUUACUGAGGUUUCAAUAAAGUCCAUGAUGUAAUGUAGACUUUUAAUUAUGCCAGAUUAAUGUAAUAUUUCUGAUGAAAGGGUAAUUGAAAGAAAUGGAGCAUGCAUGAGCUGAACUCCAAACUCCAGCUGUGUUAACUCUCUUAUUUUAAUGGGAAUUAAAGGAUGAAUGCAUUUUGGGUAAAGCUCAUUCCUGUACAGAGGGUCAGCGUGAAACUUAAAUGCCUUUAAUUUUUAUGAGGUUUUAACUGAAAUGUAGAAGCAGAAUCUGUGUAAUAGAGGGCGAGCUUGGUCUCAUAAGGAACACAUCUUUCAAAGGCUUUUAAUUACUCAAUUUAGACCUGUUUCUUUAAAAUAAGCAGGGAAUUGAGUCACUAAUAUGUAAAUAUAUUCAGAGAAAGCUCAGGCUGCAGCAGGGAAAGCUGGGAAACACCAAAGCAUUUUCUGAGAUCAGAAGUUCUGCAAACACCAUUGCUAGUUGGCUGAUGGGAAGAGUUCUGCUGGAAUAAGAGCUCUUGGCAGCCUGAAUCGUAGGGAAUGAAUUUACAUCCUACCAGUUGCUUUCUUCCUGGAAUGCAGCUUAUGAAAUCUUUGUCUUAAAUGACGUGCUUUUGUUUCCUUCAUUUUCUCCUGUCGUGUAGAUCAACAAGAGGAGCAAACCUGGAGUUAGCCCACUGUGAAAAAGGCUGAAAGGGAGCUGUAGUCAUUGAGGAAGCCAAUAUUAGGAACCACUUGGGCUGAAUUAGGUGGAUUGCACCUUUUCAAACCAAAUCAGCUUUUGAAACCCCAGUUCAGGGCUGUCCCUGGGAAGUUGGGCCACCAACACCAACUCUUCCAAAUGCAGUCAACAUCAAUAGACUUUGGUUGGAGUAGAAAGAGGGGUUUUGUUCCAUUUAGGUUUCUAAGUCAUGAGUCUCCCUGCCCUGAACUUAGACCUAUAUCCCCAUAGCAUAAUUAUUAUUAAUAAUGCUAUUAGUACCUUAGAUCCAGAUAAAAUCCAUAGUGUUUGUCAGUUUUCUUGACCAGCACAAGCAAACAUCCUCUUCCAAUGCCAAAGCACUGAUGCCAACAGCCACCAGCUGUUUAUAAGAACCUGCUGUGCUUUCUCAUCUGAGCCCAUUGACCAGAAAUGUAAUAAUUCAGAAACACAUGGCAGUAACCCUGCCUUUUUCGCUACUAUCUCACUGUUAUCUUAGCAGGAAUGAGGCUGAAUGUGUCUCUCAAAAUUGGUGAAGAUCACAUUAGAGACUCAAAUGAGAGAUAUUUCUGGAGAAAUAAGUUCCCUGUAGCUGUGCUCACUUAGGUGCUGCUGGUGCAUCCCCAGAUUCCCAAGAGGAAAGGUGGGAGGGACCAGGUAAGAGCAAAAAUUCCCACCCCACACCUUGUGGCUUGAGUGCCUUGGGCAGCAACUCACUUGUUGUAGGUAAUUUCUGUCAAAUCUCAUCUAAACCAGCACAUGGCGUGUAAUAACUCUCGAGUGCUGAGGCCAGAUAUGGAGACAGAGCUGAUAAAAAGAAAAUAAAAUAAUUACUAGGCCUAAUUAUCAUUAGUGUGCAGAUGUAAACCUGCCAGGCACAGGCUUACCAGGGCAUUAAGUUCUUAAAGGAAAUAGUUCUCAUUGAUCAGCAAAUGUGCUCCAUGCAUGCGUUAUUUACACAUUUAAUGCUCACAGUGUUCCUGAAAUGCUAAUAUAUUUUAUGACCUAUUGCCAGCAGCAAUCAUCUUUAAAUCAUAUGUGUUAUAAAAUACAUAAGAAUGGGUUAAAAAAAAAAUUAAAAACCAGUGCAACCCCCUCGAAGUGAGUGGAUAAACACCAGAAUCCUCCAGGUGAGCUGGUUAGAGCUGGAGCUCAAAUAAGAAGUAGACUCUAAAAAUUUGGCUCUGUGAGAGCAUUUCUGGAACUUUCAUUUGUUCCUUCUUUAUGGGUACAAUAAAGAAAAAGAAAAGCCAACAUGAAAACUACAAUUCCUAUACAGGAAACAUUAAUAAACAUUGGAAAUCCAGAUGGGAGAACAGACAGGUUUUAAAUAAGGACCAGAGGCUCACAGCUCCCCAGUGAGUUUAUAACAGAGCAGUUGUGUUGGUCUCAGUGGACUUCUUCACAUUCAGGGUUGAGUUUUCUGGGCAGUACUUUGGUUAUCCUUGAUUUCUGUAGAUUUUAUGUUAAGGGAGUUACUGGCCAGAAUGUUUGGCCAAUUAACACCUUGCAUGGCUGUAUCAGACUCCUUGCAGAAAGUAAAUUUGUAAACUGAUGCUCUGUUAUUAACCACAGGCACUAAAAGACUGAUGCUCUGUAGGACAGAAGCAAUUUCCAAUCCACUUUGUGUGCAACAGAAAGAACCAAGAUAGAUUUGAUCUUGCAUAUUCUUACUCACCCAAGAUGGUUGGCUACUGAAAUUUUACAGAGCAUAAUUUUGAAUGUUGGAUCUGAUUUUCAGAGGCAAAAGCUACUCCUUUAAUAAUCCACCUGUGCAGAAGGGUCAAUCAUCAUUAAUGGGUUCCAGGCAGUCCUUGGAAUCAGAUAAUUCUUUUAACACACCUUCAGUCAAGGUUUAGUUGAAUUCAGAGUGGUCUUGGCACCCUUGGCCAGUGCCAAGGGUUUCGUGGAAGUGUCAGCAGAGGCAGAUGUUGGGACACAGCUUUCUACAGAAGGUGCCCAGGUUUCUUUGAAAUCACGUCAGGGAAGUUGUCACCACGGGCUGUGAAUGAGAAGAAAAACAGGUCAUGCAGGGAUAACCCAGAAAUGUGCAGGGAGAAAGAGGCAGAGAAGGAGCCACAGAGAUUUCGUCGAAGUGGUAGAGCAGGAAAAUGCUAUGUACAGCACAAGGCUGGCAGGAGAUGAGCACACAGCAGCUUCAAUUUGUCAAGGGCUCAGAAGAGAUGCUGCAAACCUAACUGAGAGCCUGGGUAGGAGAUUUAGCUGUUUGAAUGGCUAUAAAAGCCCUUUGGGACAAUGUGUGAGAGAGAAUCCUCUAGAUUGACAUAGCCUAAAUAUACAGACCUCGAAAGGAGAUUCCAUGACAAAAACCUCCUCUGGUUUGUUUGUGCUUUCAGGCUCGAACAAGAGGCAGGAUGAUGGUGUUGUCCUGAGCAAUCAAAGGACUAGAAGGGAGUGCUUUAGGGGGAAGAUUUAAGAGUGGAGUUGUAGCUGUGCAGAGCUGUCAGCUAAACAUCCAAAAGGUAUCAGAGCCAGAGGCUGACAUUUUAGACUAAAUGGAAAAGCAGGAAAAGAGAGUAAAGUCGCAGAACUGCCAGCACCAGUGUGAUUGCUGAGCAGGAAUGGAUGGUGCUGCUGGGAAGGGGAAGAAACCAAAGUGGGGGGAAAAAAGGCUUCCUAAAAACACUGGACUGGAGGAAUGAGGCAGAAGGACAGGCUGGAAAAGUGAUUAGAGAAAUCAUAGUAAAAUAAUAGGAGGAGACUGUCCCAGGAGCCAAGGGAACAUCAGAUUUUCAGGCAUGUGAUGAAAUGGAUCAAAGGCAGCUGCUGGGUCAGAAAAGAUGAAGCUGAGAAGCAAUUUCAGUGGAAAAAAAUCUAGGCAGGGAUUGGAGGUGACAGAGUAAGGAAUGGGGCAGUGCUUGCAGAGGCAGGUGGGGUAACAGGGAGGAUCAAGAGCUUAUUGUGAGAGAAACUGGCCUUCAACAGACAAAAAACAGCAAAGGGAAAAGAUUCGUAAUUAAAGCUGAACUAACUAGUUUUUGUACACCAUUUACUCGGGAAAGGCAACGUGUAUAAAAGGUAGAAACAUUCAUUACAUCUGUCAAUAUAAUGUAAAAUAUACAAGCUUUUCUUCAAGUGUGCACAUAAAUCACCGGACCCUGCCCUUUAUUUACAGGCUGUUGGUGGAGCAGUUCACUGGCUGCUCCAGUUGGUGGGAUAUUUAUAAAUUUUGAGCUGGCAGAUUUCUCUGGUGAUGUUUCAGCCUGUGGAUUGUACAGAAACUCAGUGCCACAGCUGCUGUGCAUUCAUCAUGUGCAAGUGCCUGUCCUUAGCAGGAAGACCUCCAAGGAUCUCCUCAGGAUUCAGAGCAGCUUCGUCAAUCCCAGAGCCAGCAUUAGUUCCUUUGAGCCAGGAUUAAACAAACGCCCUUCGAUAACACUAAGCUUCGUUGGGAUCUGGAAAGGCUAUUUUUCAGGUGGUCUGUGAGAUCAGAGCCUCAAAUUCUCUCUCUUCACUGCCCAGGAGAUCAAGUUGUUUACAAGAAUUUAGUUCUAGCUGGAAUCCCUAAUCCAGAUAUAUCCAAACUUUGGCAGUCAUGACCAUAAAUCUCCUAUAUGUGAGUCUGGAUCCUGAUUUUGUGGCCAGCAUGCUAAAUUUUAUCCACAUGCCAAGCAAUUCCAGAUUUGGAAAUCUCAGUUAAAUUUCUCACUUCAGUGAGCCCCAUCCAUCAGGCCCUCUGUGGAUUUCUUACACUUAAUUUGUUUUAUUUACCUUUGUUUACCAGAAGUGAGGUGCUGCAGGGAAGGGGCCAGGCAGGUGUUGCCAUCCAGGUGCCUGCAUUGCUGCAGAAUUCAAUAUUAACAUCAAUUCAAAUGACAACAAGAAAGAAACGGAUAAAGUAAAACAGCCUUAUCAAUAAUUACAUUAAAUUCAACUUGCCCCAAAAUGCAAACAGAUCAUUAAAAAUUUUUAGAAGGCACAAACCAGCACCUAACACUGACCAUUACAUUUCUGUGGUUGUGACAAAAUUAUCAAUAUUGCAGUAUUACAAUCAUUUAAGUGCACAGAUGCAAUAAAUGUUAGACAAACUUUUGCUGAGUGAGUUUUGAUGUGUCCUCCCCCUGGUUUUAUAGGCUGUGAGGUACAGCUAGUGCUGGAUUUGCUCUUAAACUCUCCUUUCUUAACUUCUUUACUGCCUCGGUAUUAUCUCUUCCAUCUAAACCAGAAUUCAAGUUGUGCCACCUUCACUUCAUUUAAUAAAAAACCCACAUCAGUCUUAUAUUUCUGUAACAAUAUUGAUAUGAUACAUCAGGCCUUUUAUCCUCUGCUCUAUUCACAAGCUGUAAGGCACUAUCAGAGUGGUAUUUCUCAAAAAAUAUUGUUUGUUUGCUCUUUGCUUGUCAGGGUGUGCGGGGAGGGAGGGACUGGCAUUUCCUUGUUCUCCUGCACAAAUGUAACUGAUGGAGGUGUCCAAGGCAGGGAUCAGGUCCUGGCUCAGGAUUUAUCCUCGUAUUUCCACACCACAUCUUCCAGAAUUACACCACAAAGGUCUCUGACUGCCCCACUGACAUUUUGGGGGUUUCCUCUAGGAGAUUUCUGCAUUCACAAGCAAUUGCUUCUGGACCCAGGUAAUUGAUAUUUAACUGCUGGCAGUGUACGUGCACUCAGCCAGCUGCUUGAGUGGGGGAAAAGAAACCCAAACAAACAGUUAAAAGAUGCUGUGAUUUGCAUAGCAAUACUCACCCCUAUCUCCCAUCCUUUAGGUCUGUAAGAAUUCCUGCCAUCUGAAGCUGUCCUACCGAGUUGCCAUGGCAACGAGAAGAAGA